UAGCCAGAAGCCAGCACAUCCACUCCAGCCAUCGAGGCAAACGAUACUAGCUACAUAGGCGACAAGCGAAACUCAUCCGAAUCGACCAUGUAUUCCCCCGUAGCGGUAUUCUUCCUCGCGGUUCUCUCGGUGGCGGCUGCGGCGCCGUCAGGCCUAUGGGCACCCGGAGCUGCCCUGGCCGGGCCGAUCCUGGGACCCGCUGCGCUCAGCGGACCCAUCGCAGGACCCUCGGCCCUCGCCGGACCUGCCAUCGGACCUGCUCGCAUCUCCGGUGCCGUAGAUGGUGGUGCAGUGGUGACUGGUGCCGUUGCCGGCCCUUCAUUGGUCUCCGGUAGCGUAAGUGGACACUCUGCCAUCGCUGCUCCAUGGGGAGCUAUCGCUGCUCCAUGGGGAGCGCCUUGGGGAGCCGUGUUGGCCGGUCCGGCAGCAGGUCCAGCUGCCCUUUCCGGCCCGAUCGCUGCCCCAGCUUACAUCGCUGGACCAUCCGGCAGCAUAGCAGCUGGAGCAGCCGGAGUCGGUAGCAUUUAUCGCGCCGAUGCCGGGAAAUAUUGGUAAUCAUGCUGGACGAACGACCAUUCACGACUGAUCUCCUCCGAUGACUGCCAUUCUGAAAACGACCGCGCCACGAUCUCCGUCAUUUACCGCUAGUACCUCCGUCACUGUAUCGUUUAUAUGUAUUCUGUGUACAUAACAACACGUAUAUCGUUUAUAUAAAUAUUAUAUGUAUGAUAAUAAAUGCAUGCCACUUUGAAGAGGAA